AUGUCAGAUACAAUCACCAUCACAAUCAAGUCUACAGGAGACAAGAAAUAUGAAGUUACAUUUGAUCCUUCAAUUACAGUCUUAGAAUUAAAAGAAUUAAUUGCUCAACAAGCUCCGGAUAUUCCAGCUUCAAGACAACGAUUAAUUUAUUCAGGAAAAGUAUUAAAAGAUAAUGAAACUGUCAGUUCAUACAAAGUACAAAACGGUCACACAAUACAUCUAGUCAAGAGUGCAGCACCACCUUCCCAAUCAUCUGCCUCCACUGCUAACACUACAUCCGCCGCUCAACCAGGAGCUGCUGCUGCCAAUUCUCCACAAGUUCCACACAAUAUUGCCUCGGGACAAGGAUCAUUCAACCCAUUGGCAGACUUAACAGGAGCUCGUUAUGCCGGAUAUGCCCAACUCCCCAAUGCAUCAAUGUUUGGCCCUGAUGGAGGAAUGAAUACCGGAUUUGCGCCACCCGAUCCAGAACAAUUAUCUUCUAUGAUGUCAAAUCCCGUGUUUUUGGAACAAAUGAAUGCCAUGUUAUCCAAUCCCCAAAUGUUGGAUUUUAUGAUUCAACAAAACCCUCAAUUAAGAGCCAUGGGUCCACAAGCUAGAGAAAUGUUACAAAGUCCAUUCUUUAGGCAGAUGUUAACCAAUCCACAAAUGAUGCAAAGUAUGUUGGAAAUGUCAAGAGCUAGUGGAUUUGGAGGAUUUGGUGGUGCUGGAGGUGCUGGAGGUGCUGGAGCUGCAUUCCCUGCUCCUGGAGCAAACCCUACUGCUACUGGUGGUGAUGCAAAUACUGAAAACACCACUGCUAGUACUACUCCAAAUGCCAAUGCCAAUGCGAACGCUGCCGCAGCAGCAGCUAAUCCAUUUGCCAGUUUAUUCCCAAAUGGUGUCCCACCAAUUGAUCCAAUGGCAUUAUUUGGAGGUGCGGGUGCAGGUGCAGCACCUGCUCCAGUUGAUAAUAGACCACCUGAAGAAAGAUAUGAGAGUCAAUUGAGACAAUUGAAUGAUAUGGGAUUUUUUGAUUUUGACAGAAAUGUAGAAGCACUUAGAAGAACUGGUGGUAGUGUCCAAGGAGCUAUUGAAUAUUUAUUGGGUGGGAAUUAG